GGGUGGAUGGUUCAGGGGAGCGUGAAAAAGGAAACGUGGACUUAACUACUGCGCCUCCAAGCCGCCAAUGAUUGGGGGAAUUGCUUCCGCUUUUCCAAAAUGGAAAUUCCACGAGCGCAAAAAAACAAAAUCAAAAUCAUUCAUUCAUCGCCUCAAUCCUCCGUAUUUUCUUCUUCUUCCCUUUUCGAUUCCAAACUGCAGUUAUAGAAACAUUGGGCGAUUUUUCUCCUGAAGCUUCUCCUUCAAAUGUUUGUAUGGGGGCUCGGAAUGGAAAUGGAAUGUACUUGAAAAUUGACGUUUCGCUUAUCGGCGGGAUGAAUAUCGAUAAAGGCGAGAGGGAGAAAGAGAGAUAAACAGGGAAUAUCGAAUCCUUUUUCGGAUCCUCUUGUCGGUACUAUCGCUUCUUCUUCUUCGAGCAUUGUGGAAAUUUUGGAUUGAGUGUACAAUUAAUUAAGCAAAUAAUCAUAGAUUGAUUUCAAAUUUAUCCAUAAAUUAAUUAAAUUCUCAGAAUUUAUACCUCGCGGCGUCAUUCAAGGAGAAACGCAAUGGCUGCAAUCGCCGCUGGCGUGGAGUCUCAGUUGUCUCAGCACACUCCUCUGAGCGAAGACGAGUUCGCGAAGUGCCACUGCUGCGGGUUGACGGAGGAGUGCACGCCGGAGUACAUCGCGCGCGUGCGCGAGCGGUAUCAGGGCCGUUGGAUUUGCGGACUCUGCGCCGAGGCGAUCGAAGUCGAGAUUCUGAGGUCGGAGGGGAUGAUCGGCGCCGAAGAAGCACUGGAUCGGCACAUUAACUUCUGCAAGCAGUUUGAGUCAUCAAGCCCGCCGUCUAGACCGACGGAGGACCUGAUCUCCGCCGUGAAACAACUACUCCUCCGAAGCCUGGAUUCUCCGAGAGCAGUUAGGUCUACUCCCUCUAGUCCUCCGGCGAAGGUUUGCGACACGCGGCCUCUUCUCCGAUCAGAGAGCUGUUACUCAACUCUGGAUGGCUGAAUUGAAGUAGUACUACCAUCUAAUCGGGAGAAUUUCAACUACGAAGAUUUUGACUGCCCCGCGGCCGCAAGGGAAAGUGGAGUUGUUGAUGAAGGAAUGAAUGAUUGAAGCAGGAAGCUAGCUCUAGGGCUAGGCUAACUUAGGUAAGGUUCAAUCUAAUGUCUAAAUGCUUCUUCAAGUUAUAUUCCAAUCUCUGCUAUUGACUUUGACAGAAUGACAUGAAUGGAGGUCGAAGGAAUCUGCCUUUGGCACUCCAAUUCUUCUUCUC